UUUUUCUUUUCUUUUUUAGCAGGUUUCUCAUGCGUCUACAUGGUUUGUGCCCGUAUGCAACAUCAGAAUAUAUUGCUACUGUAAAGAAACGACCAAGGAUGGUGUGGGUGGCGCUGGCGGGCGCCAUUUUGAUGUGGAUGACGCCGCCGGCGUUUCCGCAGAUGGCGAUACUUCGCGGACACAGCUACAAGAUCUCGGCCAAGCCGUGCUCGGUGAACGGCGCCGAGGGCACGUGCAUGUUCGUGUGGGAGUGCAUCAAGACGGAGGGUCGGCACGCGGGCAUGUGCGUGGACCAGUUCAUGUUCGGCAGCUGCUGCAUGCACAACUCCACCGACAACCUGCUGCCGCCGCCGUCGCCGUCGUCUGAGGAGCCCGACGUGCUGUACUCGCCGCCGCAGCAGCUGCAGCACGGCGGUAGCACCACCGUGCUGCUGCCCGUGUCCCCCUCCUCCCACUCCUCCUCCUUCCUCUCAUCGGCGGCGGUCAGCCACACGACGGAGAUGGGAAGCCACGCGCGGCCGUCGGGGGGCGCCACUAGCGCUCACAGCGGCACUACCAGUGCCCUCGGCGUGACGACGGUCCUGCAGUUCGUCGCCGCGCCGUCGGGUGGCAGCACUGCCAGGCCGUCACCGACCACACUCGCGGCCGGCAGCGGCACCAACACCGAACAGGGUCCAAGAGCCGGAUGCCGAACUAGCCGCAUUUUCACACUCCCUCUCCAACAAACAGGCGCCCUGAUGCCAUGUUAUCUGCUGUACUCCGGCCAGCGAACAUCAGACCUCCGGUCCUACAGUAUUUAUGAACCUUUUGGAACAACAUUUAAAUUGCUAUUAUCGCCCCCGCCCCCACCUUCAUCGCCGCUACCAGUUUCCUUUGCAUCAAUCCCGUUUCAGAGUCAUCCUGCAAUCACUACUAUUGGCUACCCAUCCACCCACAUGCCGGACCUGGCGGCGGACACGGCGGCGGCGGGCAGCGCCGCCAUCGGCUCGUGGACGCUGCUGCAGACAGUGCCCGGACACCAGUGGCAGGCGUCCACCCAGCCGUCGUUCGUGACGAGGCCGCGGCCCCACCCGGGCGGCGGCGGCAGGCCCCGGCCGCCGCAGAGGCCUCGCCCGCCGCCGCUCCGGCCGCCACCUCCCGCCUCCACCACCAGGAGGACCACAACCAGGAGGACAACCACCCCCACCACCACGACACCUUCCACCACCACCACCACAACCACGACCACCACCACGACCACCACGACGCCCAGGCCCGCGGUCUUCCUGCCGGCCACGUCCACCAUCCCGCCCGCGGGCGGCCAUCGAGAUGCCCGUUGCGGCGUGCCACCGUUGUUUCCCAGACCGGAAACCCGGAUCGUGGGCGGAAAGGACUCGCCGUUCGGCGGAUGGCCUUGGCAGGUGUCGGUGCGCAGGACGUCCUUCUUCGGCUUCUCGAGCACGCACCGGUGCGGCGGGGCGCUGCUCAACGAGAACUGGAUCGCCACGGCGGGCCACUGCGUCGACGACCUGCUGACGUCGCAGAUCAGGAUCCGGGUGGGCGAGUACGACUUCUCCAGCGUGCAGGAGCCCUUGCCCUUCGUGGAGCGGGGCGUGUCCCGCAAGGUGGUGCACCCCAAGUACAACUUCUUCACGUACGAGUACGACCUGGCGCUGGUGCGGCUCGAGUCGCCCUUGCCGUUCCAGCAGCACAUCGCGCCCAUCUGCCUGCCGGCGUCCGACGACCUGCUCAUCGGCGAGAACGCCACGGUGACGGGCUGGGGUCGCCUCAGCGAGGGCGGGACCCUCCCCUCCGUGCUGCAGGAGGUGACCGUGCCCAUAGUGAGCAACGACAAGUGCAAGAACAUGUUCCUGCGCGCCGGACGCCACGAGUUCAUCCCGGAGAUCUUCCUGUGCGCCGGCUACGACACGGGAGGGCAAGACUCCUGCCAGGGCGACUCCGGCGGGCCCUUGCAGGUGCGCGGCAAGGACGGCAGGUACUUCCUCGCCGGCAUCAUCAGCUGGGGGAUCGGCUGCGCGGAGGCCAACCUGCCCGGCGUGUGCACGCGCAUAUCCAAGUUCGUGCCCUGGAUCCUCGAGCACGUGACGUAGCAUGCUCCAGGGGGGCCCUCGCUGGAGAUACCCCCGGCGGGAUCGAGGAGCAACUUCACUGAAGCUGCGCGCCCGGCAAUAUUCCGAUAGAGACAACCAAAAAACAACACACUUCGUACUUUUCGCACCGUUCCUCGAGUAAUGAGAGACCUCUUUAAAGCGACGGAUCGUUGCCUCAUCAUCAUCAAUCGUGAGCUGGUACACUACGUCAUGUAAGAGAGGCGAGUUGUAACCUAACGCGAAGAGGGAAGAAAGCGUAGACCAAAUGUGUAUUUUAAUAAAUGUCUUAAAACUGGCAAGUAAUCAUUUUAACUGUCAGGUACAGCAGUUGUGUAGCUCUUUAUUCUUUAUGUUUUCCCAUUUCGAUGUCUUGCCCUUCAGCAUCUGCGCAUACCAAAAUCAUACUAAGCACGUGCAUCGUACAGAAAGACUAGCAGAAAAAGUAUUUUGGCUCCGUGCCUUAUUUUACAGUGUGUCUACUACGUCUUCCUUACAGUUUGCACACUGUGUUCUUAUGUUGGGUUAUUGAAUUUCACAUAAUUAUUUUUGUUUCCUUGCAGUUCCUAAGGAUUCUUAGGUGUAAAAUAAUUCAAAUUAUUAUUAUUUUUUUGUAUUGUAUAUGUUCUAUUUGUUUGCCUAACUGUAAGAUUAUUUUUGGUGUUUACAACAGCUGGUAAUGGAUGCCACUGUCUUUAACUGUUCCAUUUUCAAUAUAUUUCAUCAUAAAUAUUUGGAAUUCACAAAAACAAAAUCCCAACAUAUCAGUGUAAGUCAAAUGUAUUAAUGGCGCAAUCAUUUACGACAGUAAAAUGAAUUCAAAGUGACUAAGUGAAAGUGACGAUGGGUAAAAAAUAUGCUCUUUUAAAUCAUCUGUGAUGGUUGACAUGUUCCUUAUGAUGUGAUGCUACAGUAAGUCUUUAGCAAUGUUGCUAAAGAUCUGCCGUAAAAUCGACGAGAUCAGAUUACCAGAGUAACAAAUUAUGAACUGUUACAUAAUGUCUGAAAGUAUUUAUCACAAGCAAUUCUUCAUGAAAAAUAUGUUAAAUGAGAUGAAUAUAAUAGUAAUACAUUUUAAGUCUUACACACAUGUACAUACCUAGAUUAUAAAGUAUGUGAUAUGCACUUUCAGAACCAGAAAAUAAAGUAAUUUUUAAGUCUAAA